AUGGCGUUAACAUGUCCCGGUUCAAAAAUUACUGAAGAAAUGCGAUCGUAUGUAUUAAAAGAACACAAUAAGCUUAGAUCGCAGUUAGCAAACGGUGAAGCAGAAGCAUCGAACGGGCUUAUGCCAAGAAGUUCGAACAUGCAUGAAUUGGAGUGGGACUGCGGCCUGGAAGAAAGAGCGCAACAGUGGGCUGAAUAUUGCGAUUUCGAGCAUUCAACGCAAGAAUUCCGUAAUUAUAGCGGUGAGAAUUUGUAUGCCAGAUGGGGAUAUGAAGAACCGAAAUUAGAUAAAAAACAAUUCGAAGAUGCGAUAGAAGGAUGGUGGUGGGAGGAAAUAAAAGACAUGCCAGCGCAUUCUACAAUGGAUGGUACUCCAGGAAGCGUUUUGCAUUUCACUCAGGUUACUUUCAGAAAAUUAUGA